AUGGUGCCCCUGCUGCUGCUGCCCCUGCUGUGGGGGGGGUCCCUGCAGGAGUAUCCAGGGUACCAGCUCCGAGUGCAGGAAUUGGUGACAGUGCAGGAGGGUCUGUGCGUCCUCAUACCCUGCUCCUUCUCCUACCCCUGGGAUUCGAGGUAUCGCCAUGGUGAACUCUACAUCUACUGGUUCUGUGAUGGGGACUACACGCACUACCAUAUUCUUGUGGCCACAAACAACCCAGAGCAACAAGCAGAUAUAGAGGCUCAGGGCCGGUUCCGCCUCCUCAGGGACCCCAGGACCAACAACUGCUCCCUGAGCAUCAGAGACGCCAAGAGAAGUGACACAGGCGUCUACUCCUUCCGAGUGGAGAGAGGAUAUUAUAUGAACUAUAGUUAUAGAGAUAAGAAGCUGAAUUUGCAGGUGGCAGACAUGACAGAGAAACCCAACAUCCACUUUCCGGAGCCUCUGGAGUCCGGCCGCCCCACAAAGCUGAUCUGCAGCCUGCCAGGGUCCUGUGAGGGGGGAAGACCUCUCACGUUCUCCUGGGUGGGGGACGCUCUUGACUCGCUGGACCCCAAGGCCCUCCAGUCGUCGGUGCUCACCCUCACCUUGAGGCCCCAGGACCAUGGCACCAAGCUCACCUGUCAGGUGAAACUCCAAGGAUCUCAGGUGACCACGGAGAGAACCAUCCAGCUCCAUGUCUUUUAUGCUCCAAGGUUGAUGACCACCAGCCUUUUCCAGGGAAACUGUACAGCCCUGAAGACCCUGAGCAAUGGCACAUCGCUGCCAGUCCUGGAGGGCCAGUUCCUGCGCCUGGUCUGCGUGGCUGACAGCACCCCCCCUGCCAGGAUGAGCUGGUCCCAGGAGGGGAAAGCCUUCAGCUCCUCCAAGCCAUCAGCACCUGGGGUCCCGGAGCUGCCCCAGGUUGGGGCUGGAGAUGGAGGGAAAUUCACCAACCGAGCUCAGAACCCGCUGGGCUCCCAGCAUGUUUCCUUCAGCCUCUCUGCGCAGAGAAGCCCCUUUUCCUGCAGCUGUGUGACUGGGGAACAGCAGGGCUCCUGGCCCCUGGUCGUCACCCUGAUCAGAGGGACCCUCAUGGGGGCUGGCUUCCUCCUCACCUAUGGCCUCACCUGGAUCUACUACACCAGGUGUGGAGGCCCCCAGGGGGCAGGGCUGAGAGGCCUGACUGAGCCUCCCUCCAUCUCAAGAUGGGACUGA